AAAUGCAUGGAAGCCGCGACUGAGUAUCCCAAGGGGAGGAAAGAUUCAUUCAGACCUUCUCAAGAGCUGCUCUUCAGGGAGAACUUCCAGGGAGAUCCAAGUCAAGACGCUACGGAAGAGAGUAGAAAGCUGUCCUUGGUCUGUUUAGAAUCACCUCCUUGUGCUGGAGCUGAAUCGCUACUUGAGGAUAUCGUUUCUUUUGAGGAAGUGGCUGUGUAUUUCUCGGAGGAGGAGUGGUCUCAAUUGGAUGCUGACCAAAAAGAGCUCUACGGAGAAGUCAUGGUGGAGAAUUCCAGGAAUCUCUUUUCUCUGGGCUUUAAUGGGCAAGAGAAUAAGAAUUGCAAGGAGGAACACCAAGCAAUCCAUUUGAAAAAGGGGAAAAGGAAAUUUGUAGAUCAGAAGCAACCAAAGAGUGAUGAAGCAAAGCAGUCACAAAGUGGAAUUAAGAGAAGUCUUCCUUGGGUCAGUUGGCUUCCUAACCAUACAGUGAUUGAUACGAGAGAAAGACCAUAUAAAUUCAUGGAGGGUGGAAAGUGGUUCAAUAAAUCCGAUCGUCGCAUUUCUCAUAACAAGACACAUUCAGAAGAUAAACAAUUUACUUGCAUGGAGUGUGGAAAGACCUUUACUCGUAGCUGUAAUCUUAAUAUCCAUAGGAGGAUCCACACAGGAGAGAAACCAUAUCAAUGCAUGGAGUGUGGAAAGACCUUUACUCGUGGCAGUCAUCUUAAUACCCACAGGAGGAUCCACACAGGCGAGAAACCGUAUCAGUGCAUGGAGUGUGAUGAGACCUUCUGUUAUUAUAAGACUUUUAUAAUCCAUCAAAGGAAUCACAGAGGAGAAAGACCUUAUAAAUGCAUGAAAUGUGGAAAAAGCUUUACUGGUAGCAGUAGUCUUAAAUCCCACAACUUGAUUCACACGGGAGAGAAGCCAUAUCAAUGCAUGGAGUGUGGAAAGAGUUUUAGGAAGAGUGGUAAUCUUAAUACCCACAGGAGGAUCCACACAGGAGAGAAACCGUAUCAGUGCAUGGAGUGUGGAAAGACCUUUACUCAUGGCAGUCAUCUUAAUACCCACAGGAGGAUCCACACAGGAGAAAAACCAUAUCAUUGCAUGGAGUGUGAUGAGACCUUCUGUUACUAUAAGACACUUUUAACACAUCUGAGGAAUCACAUAAGAGAAAGGACUUUAAAAUGCAUGUAGUGUGGAAAGACAUUUACUCGUGGCCGUCAUCUUAAUUCCCACAAGAGGAUCCACACAGGAGAGGAGCCAUAUUGAGGCAUGGAGCGUGGGAAGGGUUUUAGGAAGAGUAGUCAACUUACCUCCCAAAAUAAGACUUACACAGGAGAGAAACCAUAUCAAUGUAUUGAGUGUAGAAAGAUCUUUACUCGUAAAGGUCUUAAUUCCCACAAUAGAAGCCAAACAGAAGAGAAAUC